UUUUCAUUCUGUCCUCUGCUGACACUAUCUGAACAGUUUUCCCACGGGGUGACAGCUAGUGCUAGAAAAGCGACUGGUGCAAAGAGGAGAAGAAAAAUGGAGUUAGUUGCUGCUGCUCUAUUAACCAUCAUCCUGGGUGCUGUUCUCAGGCUAGUUUUAUUUCGUUCCAGAAACAGCCUUGAACCACCAUACAUCUCUGGCUGGAUCCCUUGGGUAGGAGCUGCCAUACAGUUUGGCAGAGCUCCCCUGACAUUUAUAGAGCAAGCCACACUCAAGUAUGGCCCCGUAUUCACAGUCUAUUUGUUGGGGAAACGAUAUACCUUUCUUACAGAAGAAGAAGGGUUUCAAGUCUUUUUUACAUCUAAAAAUGCAGAUUUUGAGCAGGCAGUACAAAAGUCUGUCCAGCAUGCAGUUUCUGUUCCUGAAGAAAUCUUCUACAAGAAUAGGAAAAACCUUUAUAUCAUGAUGAAGGGGAAAAUGUCUGCCUCCAAUGUUCAUGAAUUAUCUGACAAUCUUUGUCAUGAGUUCCAAAAAUGUAUGGUGGAUUUAGGUUCUGAGGGUACAGAGGAGCUCAGAGAUCUUGUAAGGCAUAUAAUGUUUCCACCGGUAGUGAAUAUCCUGUUUGGAAAAGACAUAUUUUUGACAACCAAGGAUAAUGUCAAAGAAUUUGAAGAACACUUUCAGAACUAUGAUAACGACUUUGAAUACGCUACCCAGCUUCCUGAAUAUUUUAUGAAGAAGUGGUCUAAAUCCAAAAAGUGGCUCCUCAAAAGUUUUGAAAAGGUUGUGUUAUAUGCAAAUAAAACAAAUCCUCCAGAUGGUUCUUAUAAGACAACAUACCAGGAGCUCCUGGAUACCUUGCAAGGAAAAGACUUCAGUGCUAACUAUGGUCUUUUACUCCUCUGGGCAUCGCAAGCAAAUGCAGUUCCUGUUGCAUUCUGGACCCUUGCGUUUAUUCUGUCCUGUCCUCCUUUCUACAAAAAUGUCAUGAAGGAGCUAGAAUCUGUUUAUGGCAGAGCAGCAAAAGAAGUUGUCAGCGUAUCUGAAGAUGAUCUUAAGAACCUCCCAUUUAUCAAGUGGUGCAUUUUGGAGACAAUGCGGUUAAGAGCACCAGGUGCCAUUGUCAAGAAAGUAACAAAUCCUAUAAAUGUUCAGAAUUUUGUUAUUCCUACUGGUGACCUGCUGGUGAUGUCUCCGUAUUGGUUUCAUAGAAACCCACAAUAUUUUCCCGAACCCAACACUUUUAAGCCAGACCGUUGGAAGGAAGCAAAUUUAGAGAAAAAUCAAUUCUUGGAAGGCUUUGUAGCAUUUGGAAGCGGAGCACACCAGUGUCCUGGGAGGUGGUUUGCUAUCAUGGAAAUUCAUAUUCUAGUUGUUUUGUUCCUCUGCAAAUAUGAAUGUAGUCUUUUGGAUCCACUACCGAAAGAGAGCCCUCUCCACUUGGUGGGCACACAACAACCCGAGGGACCAUGCAGAAUUCAUUAUAAAUUGAGAACAUAAGCAUGAUGCCCAAUCCAGUUCCUUACUAGUGCUACAAAAGUGAAAAGUCAUUGAUCCCCUGUGCUACGUUUUGUUUGCAAAUAGUUCCCAGAUUUGAAAAUAGAACUUCGAGUAUAUUGUACAACAAAUGCCUUUUUAGAUAAUGCUAAUGUUAUGUGCAUGAUCAGGCAUUGAAUUUUUGCUGUAGUUUGUAAGCUGCCCUGAAUCCCCUUCGGGGUGAGAAGGGUGAUUUAUAAAUAUAGUAAAUAAAUAGAUAAAUGUUUUCUGAUUUUCAA